AUGGCCAACGACGAAUAUGAUUUCCUCUUCAAAGGUGCCGCUCUCCCUUCCUCCGUGGAUGUUGUCUUGAUUGGUGACUCUGGAGUCGGAAAGUCCAAUCUUCUCAGCCGAUUCACUCGCAACGAAUUCAACCUCGACUCCAAGUCAACUAUCGGUGUCGAGUUUGCCACUAGAUCAAUCCAGGUCGACUCCAAGACCAUCAAGGCGCAGAUUUGGGAUACAGCCGGUCAGGAGCGUUACCGUGCCAUUACUUCCGCAUACUACCGUGGUGCAGUGGGCGCCCUCCUCGUCUAUGACAUCAGCAAGCACCAAACCUACGAGAACGUCACGAGAUGGCUAAAGGAGCUUCGGGACCAUGCCGAUGCGAACAUUGUCAUCAUGCUGGUUGGCAACAAGAGCGAUUUGAGACACCUGAGGGCUGUGCCCACGGAUGAGGCCAAGGGCUUUGCUAGCGAGAACCAUCUUUCUUUCAUCGAGACGUCCGCCCUCGACGCCAGCAACGUUGAACUUGCCUUCCAGAACAUCCUUACUGAGAUCUACCGAAUCGUAUCUAGCAAGGCUCUCGACAGUGGUGAUGGUGCUCAAGCCACCAUUGGUGCCGGCACUAAUAUCUCACUCAGCAAGGCAGCCGACGAUGAGGCUUCCAAGGGCGGCAAGUGCUGCUAA